AUGCAGGAAGCAACUGGAGUCCUGAAGGAAGGCUUCCUCGUCAAACGGGGGCAUAUUGUUCGUAACUGGAAAGUGAGAUGGUUUGUUCUGCUUCAGGAUAAGCUGCUCUAUUACAAAAUUGAAGCAGGCAAGAAGGAGCCUUCUCCAAAGGGCAGGAUACUUUUGGAUGGCUGCACCAUUACUUGUCCAUGCCUGGAAUAUGAGAACAGACCGCUAGUCAUCAAGCUAAAGACAAAAACCAACACAGACUAUUUCCUUGAAUGUUGCUCCAGGGAGGAGCGAGACUCUUGGGCUUUGGACAUCACUGGAGCUAUUCAUGCUGGUCACCCAGUACAGGUUCAAGAGCUUCACAGAAAGAAGAACUCUUUCAAACUGCUUGAGAAUAUCAGUCUUCACCACAUAGUGGAGAGAAUGUGUGACAGCAGUACUGGAAUUAAGCUGACUCGCAACUUGGAGCAAGGCAGCAGAUACAAAGAGACCUUCACAGGUUCUGCACUCGUGGACUGGCUCAUCUCCAACAGCUUUGCUGUGUCACGAUUUGAGGCUGUCACCUUGGCAUCCAUGCUGAUGGAGGAGAACUUUAUCAAGCCCGUGGGAGCCCGCAGCACUGAGGCCACACGCUACAGUGACAUCUCUGAGCAGUUCCUCGAUGACUCCUCCGCACUGUACAUGUUUGCUGAGAGCAGUAAUAAAAAUACUGUUUCCAAGGAAGAGCUACAAUUUAACAUCUCUGAGCUAAGCGGCACAAUCGUGAAGCAAGGAUUCUUAGUGAAACAGGGGCACAAGAGGAAAAACUGGAAGGUGAGGAGAUUUGUUUUGAGAGCUGAUCCUGGUUUUUUGCACUACUAUGAUCCCACUAAGGAAGAAAACAGGCCGGUGGGUGGAUUUUCUCUUCGUGGCUGUCUGGUCUCAGCUCUGGAGGACAACGGAGUCCCAGCAGGAGUGAAGGGCAAUGUGCAAGGCAACCUCUUCAAAAUCAUUACCAAAAAGGACGUUCAUUAUUAUAUCCAGGCUAGCUCCAAGGCAGAGCGAACACAGUGGAUUGAGGCAAUCAAACCACUGACAUGA